AAAACAUAUUCUCGGGAGUUGGGAGUGAGUGGCGGAUUCAUUUCUCUUCGUCGGCGAACAAGUCUGCCAUAUUCCGUCGGACGCCAUCCAGCGUUGUCAGCCCUGUGUGGUUGUUCUUGGUCAAGCAGUGAAGAAGAUUCGAACCCUGCUGCUUUUUCUACCCCCAAAAUUCGAGAAGCAAGUAAAUGGUAGUUCAACCAAAAAGGUAAAGAAAGAAGAGAAGGAUUAUGGCAGGCAAAGCUGCUAGUUCAGUGGCGAAGGCUGUAGGAGAAUAUCAGUAUCCAUGGCGUGAGAAGUUGGCAAAGUAUAAGGAUGAACUUGCCAAGGGUGUUUGGGGAUAUUGGGAGAUGGGAGCUUGGAAGCCACUUGGUAUUAGUGCUCGGCGUAGAGCUAGGCUUCGCAAGGAAGUGCUUCUUGCUGGCAAAGAUUGGCCUUAUGAUCCAGAAAGGAAGGAGAUGAAAACCAGAAGGAAAGGGCAUAAAUGCGACAGGAUUGCUGCCGAAAAAAGGGAAAACACUGCAAGAUUGAUGGAGAAGAUGCCAGAGAUGUUGCUGGAUUACAAGAAGCGCAGGUGGGAGAAGAAGAUGAAGGAAGAAGACAAAGGCAAAUAGUAAAUUUUUGUGCAAUAUUGCUCUGUGCUUAGUUCAUCCUGAGUUUAGCUAAGAAAGAAGUUGGUGUGCUGUAGCUUCAUAUAUGGAUUUAACAAUGCUGCUGUAUCGCGAUGUUGUGCGUGUUCAUAUUUAGAAACAACCUUUGGGUAGACUGAUCUUACGUUCAUUUGGGCAUGAGCCCCGAGAAGCGAAAAACUCCUUUGGGCUGCUGGUUGUUUAUUUUGGGAUUCUUCUAUGAAAAUCCCCGCUUCAACAACUCCAUGUUUGAAUCUUUAAGCCUUCAGAGUCAGCAUGAAGAUUGCUAAGAACCGAUAUCUUUUUAGGAUGUAUGUUUGGUGGAAGAUGCCAAACAAGCUAUGGAAAUGCUUCUGAAUCAUAGACGCAACUCUUCAUAUGUGAGGAUUAUGUGUGCCGUGAUUAUUCUCUCCCUUUUCCCUACUGUUACUAUUGCCACCCUUGAACUGAGCAUUGUGUCUGGCUGGGUCGAUUUUUUCCCAGUUUUCUUUGUUGAAUCCAUCAACCCUGAUGCUAUGUAA